AUGGCAUCUUCUGUAGCCUCGGCCUCUCCCACAAGCAUCCUGAUUUCGUUGCCAGCCAGGCCACCGACUCCUCCUCGCGAGGCUAGCCACGAAGCCGAUAUCUCUCGCAAGUCAGUCGUUCUAGGACGAGCCUUGGCCUUCGACCCCAGAUUCAGUCUACAAACGCCCCCAAAUGCCAAUUCGCCCACUUCUCCUGUCGCUACAGCGUCCAACCCCAGCUCUAGUCGGGCUAGAAAGAAGGUCGAGUGGUCGGCUCACACUGACUAUCGGGAACCCCCUCAAUAUCCUGACCCUCUCAGGCCUGCCAAAUACUCGCCCUCCGCAGUUUCUUCGUCAGCAACAUCGUCUUCCAAACCUGUGAGAGGAAUCCUGAAACCUUCGCCUUCUCCAAAUCCCCUGUCCUCCUCUUUGGCGACCGAGUUCGAUGGACUUUUUUCUCCGCAUAAUAUAAUCGAGAUGCUCGACUCGACAAUUAAACAGCUAGCUGGCUCGGAUCGAGACUCCAAGCUGGAUGCUUACAUGAUGCUCUCCAGAGCCCUCAAAGCAUCCAAUAACCUACCCGAUCGCGUCGCUCUACAAGACAAGAUGAGCUUGUUUAUGCAGUUUAUUCAACGUGACAUGACAUCGAAGUUUGACACUGGUAACCUGGAUACCUCUCUGAUCAACCAUUCCCUGACUUUACUCGCCACUUUCCUUCACUUUCCGGCCAUUGCGUCGACUCUGACAACAGACUUCGGCAUUUCUGUCAUCGAUUACUCCAUUCGCUCAUUCGAGGAUGAGGGAGUGCCCAAGGAUGUGGUGCGACACUUCAUGCAAGUUGUGGCAUUUCAGAACUUCUCGGCCAAGGUCAUGAACUCGGACCGCGUUGGUCGAUUAGUUUCAGCCUUGCACAAAAUUGAAAAUCAUUUGAAGGGAAAAAGCAUUGUUAUGAGCCGGCUUCAUAUCUACAAGCGAUUGAUCAAACAAGCCAGAGGCCACAUGUCAACUCACCUCGACUGGUUGAAGGAUAUGUUCACAGACAUGCUCAGCUCGGUUAAGGAGACCCGCUCACAGGCCAUUAGCCUGGGUAUGGAAGCUGGCUUUGCAUUGCGAUCUGAAAAACAGUUGCUUCGGAAGGUGACUGAAUUAUUUCAAUCAGGCCACGACAGCGAGACUUUCAUUGGCUUUUAUAUCAAGAGGCUACAGGAGAUGAUAAAAGAUAGGCAAUCAUGCAGCUCAGUUCCUCAAAUCUGGGGCGUCGUCAUCAUGUUUCUGCGAUGUCCUCUUGACAGAUGGCAGUACUACGAACCCUGGUUAACUCUGGCACAAUCUGCCUUUAACACGACAGAUAACUCAACCAAGCAAGAGGCAAAUUUUGCAUGGAAUAGAUACGUGUAUCUUUCGCUCUCGGAUACCAAAGUCAGCCCCAAGUGCAUUGGGACUCUAUGCCAACCCCUCCUCAGCCAGCUUCGCAGAAAGCUGAGCCCGAAACAGCGUGAGGAGGCGAUGAAGCUGAGGAGAACUGUAAUUGGCGGUGUAUGCAAUCUGUACUACUACGCCUUUGCCCCAGGUAGCGACAGGUAUGACCUGGAUGUUCUUUGGGAUGUUGCCGUGCAACCAAUCAUAAGCCAAAUCAGUAGCCUGGAUGGCAAAUCCGAUGUUCCAGGAGAUGGCAUGAUGCAAGCAGCUAAAUUACUUGUUGGCCUUCUGGAUGUGGCUACACCUCGCAUAUGGAGGCAAGACCGCAUCAUCGAUUUGCCUCCUGCCAAAUCGGACGAACUACCAGCUAUCGAAUCAAAAUGGAUCAGAAAAAAUUGCGACAAGGUUUUGCAAUUGGUUGGGCCUAUUAUCCAAAGCAAGUUUUUCGACCUCGCGAACAAAGACAGCUUGGUAUACAGACUAUGGCAGGCUACCGUGGGCUCCAUUACUGCUGCCUCGGCAAAAGAUAUCAAAGUUUCCGACGAAACGGCAAGGUUUGUUGGCUGCGCUUUUGGCCUUCUCUCGGCAGCCCUCGUGACAACUUCUGUCAAACCGGAACCUGGUCUUGCUUCACCCAACCUGAAAUUACUACCUAGUCUCUCCAAUUUCGUACGGCUUCUCAUCGACGGCCUAGGACACCUCCCCUUCACUGAGAAAAGACUCGCCAUGACUGUUGGCAAUACAUUUGAACCAAUUGCAACACCAUCACAGCGACAGGACCGAACAGACAACUCUCGAGGAGUCGUUCGCACGCCUCUGCACCAUCUGUUUAUCAUGCUUGCCUCUAAUCCACCGGGUGGGAGGGACGAUGUUGAAUUGGCUACCUUCCUUCAGUCAGUUUUCGACCCGUUCUUCAAAGGCAGAAGUCCUGAGGGACGAUUUGAAUUGGCGAAGGAGCUUUUGUCUCUCUUGCCCCGUAAUUCUUCAACGCCGUAUGGACCGUGGGCGCUGGCUUCGGAUUGUGCUCAAGCAUAUAUUAACAAGGCUCCUCUUUUGACUACCGGACAACCCUCAAUUUCAGGCAAAAUACAAGGCCCGAUAUUCCGGGAAGUUGUAUCACUGAUUGAACGUGGUCUGUCUUCUCACCCAAAUCUGCCUUACGACCGAUUGGCUUCCCUAUUCGAUUCUGUCGCCACCCAAGUCAAAGGCGAGUAUGGUGACGCCGGUAUUUCUCUGAUCGUCAUCGGACCGCUUUCCAAGUCAAUUCUGGAUAUAUCUAGCGCAGCUGAAGGCUACUCGUCGCUAACCUUGCAGGCUGUCACUAUGCUGCUCAAUGCCGCCACACUGCCCCGGGAUAAACAAUCGCUAGACGCUGUUCGAUCAAGACUCUGGGGAGCACCUCCGGUCCAACACAAAACGGUGACUUCGUUCGAGCCAUUUGAUAACUUGUACAAACUCGUGAAUCACGUCUUGACAACUGCGUACGACAAGAAAUUCAGCGAUGACAGUAUUCAAGUACACCCGGUCAUCCUGCUAUUGCUAGACGCUUUGAGUGCAUUUUUGUUGAGAAACAUGCCACUGUUUGGUGUAAAGUUGCUGGGUAAACUGCAGGCAGGACUCAGCGUAUGGUUCCAGGACGAGAAGUGUCUUGUUAGGAGCGAGAGCAAGUCCGCCGUGUCAGAACGUGUUGCCAACAUGUGGGACCAAAUCUGCUCCUAUCUCACUACCCAAGAACGUCUAUAUAGGCAAGACCUGGACGAAAUCGAGCCAUUACUCACCGCAGCCUUUAAGAGUUCGCAUAGAACCAUUCUGAAUAGAGCAGCGGCGACUUGGAACACAAUCGUGAAGGAGAAUGAAGAGCUUGAGUACUCUGAUAGCUUGACAUCGCUAAUUUCAUCUCUGCGAUCCAAGGUCGAUGUGGCUGUGCCUGGUGUUAGCAAAGCAACUGGUGGUUUCGGAGCUCAAACCAUCUCGCAGGCAGGUCCACAAACUGACCAGAGCUUUGGGAUCCUAUCAUCAACGUCGUCCCAUUCAGAUGCUCGUGCAGUAGGGACAAGCUCCAAGCAAUCUUCAUCUAGAAGACCUUUAACUAGGAAGCAACGUCUCGAAGCGACACCAGAAGUUCGCCGAGAGAAAGCAGUGAAGAAAACGAGCACCCCACGGCUUCGGCAUGACAAUUCGCAAAUCCAAUUCAAACCCAUUCCGUCAUCGUCACCUUUUCAGGAUGAAUCCCAGCACCUCACUGAACGCCAAAAGGAAGUUCGGGAACGUCAACGACAGAAUGCGGUUUUGUACCCAAAUGAUCUGUCCAGCCCUUUCCCGUCUGCUCAAAGCUUGCCGAAGGAAAAGCUAGACUGUGUUGCGUCUGAGAGCAACCAACACGUACAGGAGACUACACCCAAGCGUGGCAAAUCGUUUGAAGAUCUUAUCAGCUCAACGCCAACUCCCAGACGAGGCGAAUUCUUUCAAAUGGAUGAUUUCAAUGACCCUCCUUCUUCUCCUCCUUUGCCACGACCAUAUCCGCUUCUAUCUGAAAUCCAAUCGCGGUCGCGUGCAGGCAGUGCUAUGGAAAGCUGGGAGUUCUCUUCACCACCUGGCUCCCCUUCUGGAAAUCAGCAGACUGAAGAUGCCGAGUUACCAUCCGCGGCUUCCCCCCACACUGAGCCACUGAUUCGGUCGCGUCGCUCUUCCAAACGACAACGGCGUGUUGCAGCUGAAGUUGAUCGGUCUACUGGGGCCGUGGCUUCCACACAGGUCGGGGAAGGGACCAUUUCGAGUGUUGCAGAAGCCAAAGAUCAAUCUAUCAAACCAUCUUUCGUAACACCUGCCGCCCAAGUUGAAGGAGUCAUUACGCGAGCGAGAAAAGCCCAAGAGACGCCUACCUCUGAGAAUGAUUCUGCGCAGAGGUCCAAACCUCAGUCUCGCCGCCGCUCUUCACGUCGCGCAGGGGCAGAGAGUCAGGCAGCCAUGGUGGAUGAAACUGAAGCACCUGGGGUAGCCGCCGAAUCACCCGGAGCAGCGAAGCAUGGGAUAGACGCUUCGAGGCCAAUACGUAGCCCACAGUCCACCGAUCCCACGGCCAGUGCCUCAAACACACAACUCGAACCUCGUGAGUGUAUAAUGGUGCAUACAGAUUCCACCUGUCCAUCGCCCGAAAGGCUGGACAAGAUGGGAGGCGAAACACCACUCCCUCCAAUUUCACUCGAGGCAGAAUCCCACAAGACCACAGAAGCGGAUAGUAUAUUGCGAAGGAAGAGAAAGAGAAGUGGAAGACAUUCCGAUAAGGGCAGCAAAAGGCGACGAUCUAGUAAUCAUGAACUUCAAGACUCUUCGCAUCAGCAGACGAAACAAAUCGAUGCCACUAUCUUGGAAUCUGGCGAAGACAACAAUCCUAUUGAAGGUAUAGAGACAAGGAGUGGCCUUAGAAAGCGCCAGCAAAACACGCGUCGUAACGAACCCAAUCAGACGCCAAAAGUUGCAAAGCAACCAUACAAGGCAAAACGCAAAAAUAUAGACGGGGGAGAUACCGACGAAGAAGUGCAAUCUCAGUUGGUAACAGAGUCUAAUGCAGCAUCACAACUCAGCCAACCAGAUAUAGAAGACAAUGCUGCUAGCCCAAACAAGAUCAUCGAAGCGGGAGCUAAUAGGGAUGAUGAGAAGCUUGAAGACGGCACAAACAUCAAUGCAGAUUCAGGAAUGCAAGGUGGCACAAAGUUGAGGACUGAAGAAUCGGUUGGCGGUGAACACAUGCAGACAAUCAUGGAGACAUUGCGAAGUGGGCUCGAUCAAUUGCGCAGUGCGUCUCUCACGAGAGAAACAGUGUACGAGGUGGAGGACAUAUUGAUGGACAUGAAGCGAGAGCUUUUCGAGGCGGAAAGGCGAGGACGAGGGCGACCCAGAAAGAGAAAAUCGAGAGGGCAUUGA